AUGUCUGAGCAAGCAGAUGGGUGUGCACGUGUAACGCUGGGCAGCACUGAAGUGAUGUGUGGUGUGAAGCUCGAGAUGGAUUCACAAGAAGCACCCACUGUCACCGUAUCACAAGGCGAACGAAAGAUCGAUUUUACACCGUGGCUUCCAUCUAAACCAUGCAUACAAGUGCAAGUCGACUACACGCCCUCGCUACUUCGUGAGCAUAACGCAAGUGAGUUAAGCAUGCUCACGAGUACCAUGCAGGACAUGUUACAAGCUUGCUAUGCAUUUUCAGGUGACUCAUACGGACCACUUCCUGCUCGUCAGUUUGUCGUUGUACCAUAUGCAAAGUAUUGGGUGCUACACGUCGACGUCUAUGUGAUGUCGUGGAGUGGCGGUAAUGUGUUGGACACUGUAUUUGCCGCAGUGUUUUGUGCUCUAUGGAAUACACGAAUUCCAGAAACGCGCGUGAUGGCGAUGGACAGGACGAAUCAAGGUGAACAGGAUGCAAUGAAUGAAGAUCAUGACGAUCCAGCCGGCAUCAAAUUCAUAACGCGUGGGCGAAAGAACACUUCACAAAACACGAACGCCGUAGAUUAUGCGCUUGUGAAUGAAUGGGAGCACGGACGUGCACUCGAAGGUCGGGAGGAUGUGCCUGUAUGUGUGUCUGUAUACCCUUUUCAAGGCACCUUUCUUUUGGACCCUACGUUGGAGGAGGAGUGUGCGCUAUCUUGUUGCGUGGCCGUGCUUGCAUCGCCACAAGGCCGGUUGUAUGGUGUACGCCAACGCGGAGAGGGCGAGCUUACUCUUGACUCUAUACACAAAGCUACCGAGGUGGGACUACAAUAUGCAAAGCUGCUAGCACAGUCGCUACCUGCUUCGCUCCCUGCGUAG